AUGGCGCUAAAAGACAAAGUUGUGUUGAAGAUGGGCGACACGAUCGUCGACGUGCUGAUGGGCCCCGUUUACGUCGAGAGCGUCGUGCGCCAUUACCCGAACCACGCGGUCUUUUCGCCCGCCGACGCCAGCAGCGCCUCGCUUUUCGCGAAGCGCGAGGGGCCGCUGCCGCCCGGGCGGGUGCUUAAGCCGGGGCGCUGUUACCACCUCGUGCGGAAGGCGCAAGGGAAGGGCGGGGUUACGGGCGGAGCGGAGUGCGCGCACGCGGAUGAAGGCGGGACGGCGGGGCGAAAGCCUCCGCGGGAUUUGCGCAAGACUCCUUCCGCCAACGGCAGGAACGAGCGUAACUUAUCUCCGCCCUCCGCGCAUCCUCAUUCCGCCGUUCCGCCAUUGGUGCACGUGCCCGCGCGGUCCCCGCCCCGCGUCACUAUUCUCGUGAAGCCCCGCCAUCGCGUCAAUCACAGCACCAGCGCGCUCCCCGACUUUUCCCCCGACGCCUCUCCGCCACACGCGCGCAUCUCCGCCGCCGCCGCUCCAGGGCCGUUCGCCACAGGCGCGCACACCCCUGCUCACGCGGAUGGCGGAGCGAGCAGGCGGCGCGCGGGAGAGACGGGCGGGAUGGCGCCGAACGGGAAGACGGGGGAGAGCCACGCGGGGGACGGACAGGGCGUGGGGCUGGCGGCUUCCCCCGGGCGGCUGAUGGUGCCCGCGCUGCGGCGGUCCAGGCGCGGCAUGCACCGCCCGUGCAAAUCGUUGAGCGGAAGUCCGGAGGAGAUAGGGGGACUCGCGGAAGAGGCGUGGGGGGGUGACGACGACGGGGGAAAGGCGCGGGACGGGCGAUGGCGCAGCGCGCAUGUGACUCCGCUGGGGAGCGCGCACGCGACGCCGCACGGCAGCCCGUAUGGCAGCGCGCACGCGAGUCCCUUGCGCGGGUCGCUCCCCUCGUCAUGCAGCAAGGCGGCCGCGCCGCUCUACGCCAGCGCGCUGAGGCCCAGGACCGCGGGCGGGGAGCGUAGCGGGGGGAAGGGCGCGGGGGCGGGGGCGAGGGCGGGGAGCAGCCCGCUGACGCGCAGCCACGGGCGCAGGCACUCGGGUGGGGAGGGCGUGGGGGGUGCGGCGGCGCUGGACGCGGUAGAGGCGCUCAUUGGCGCGCAGAGGGUGCUGAGCAUGGCGGAGGGGGGCAGGGGGAGGAGGGGGGGGGAGGAGGAGGAAGGGGGAGAGAUGCGGGGCGAGGGGAAGGCGGAGGGGAAGGGCGGGCAGGGGUGGGCGGAAGCACUGGUGGAGAGGAUGAGGCAGCUGAGUCCGCUGAGGGGGAGGAGCCCCUUGAGGGGGAGGAGUCCCAUGAGGGGGAGGAGUCCGCAGAGCGGGAGGAGCCCCACGUCCCAGCGCGUGCAUGCUGUAGCAGACAGCAGCCCUGGGCGCAGGAGCGGUGGCAGCGGUGACAAUAUGGGUGGCAUGAGUGGCGGUGGCAGUAUGGGAGGCAUGGGUGUGGGGGCGGAGGGGCAGCGCAGCCCUGACCUGGCACGGCCGCCCUGUGCUGUGCCCAGGAGAAGCAGCUUCAGCCCUCCACGCAUGGCGCCUGGCAGCAGUUUCAGCCCGCCGCACAUGGACUUUGACCAAGGAGAGCAUGCCUGGCAGCACCCUGAACCCAGCCCCCCCAUGCUGCACCCCCCCACGCCUGUGCUGUUUCUCACCAGGCCCGCCCACUCUUCUUCCCCUCCUUCCCAGCGCUGCGCCGCGUCCACCACCCCCUCGCAGCACUCUCCCCCCCACGCUGCCGCCCCCUCAUACCGCUCUCCUCCUCACGAUGACACACUCGGGCGUCACCAGGGGGCCUCCAUGAGCCCUCGCCCUGUGAGCCCUUGCCCUGUGAGCGAUGUGGAAGGAAGGGGAGAGAUGGACACAGAGAUGUGGUGUGAUGGGGUUGGGAAUGAGUGGACGAGGCAGGGGCAGCAGCAGGGGGGGCGCGGGGAGGAGGCGCGCAGUGAGUUGAAGCGCAAGGCACGUGACAAGGGAAGUGAGGGUGACAGGGCCAAGCAGGGGAGCAGGGGCCGUGAAGACAGUGGCAGUGAGGGCAGAGGGCGAGAGCGCAGCCCGCUGAGGCGCCUACUGCACGCCAUCUCCCUGGACAGCAAGGGCAGUGACGGCGACAAUCCCAAGGAGGAGAGCAGUGGCCAUGGGCAGGAGGGCAGAGGCCAGGACCGCAGCCCGCUGAGGCGCCUGCUGCACGCCAUUUCCCUGGACGCCCCCUCCCGCCCUGGCAGGCCCAGGCGAGCCGUGGAUGACAGCAUGGUGGGCAGCAGCAGCAAGGGCAAGGCAGCACACGGAACACAGGGUGUAGCAGCUGCAACAACGGCAGGGGCAGCGGGCACAGCAGCAUCAGCAGAAGAGGACAUGGAGUGGCAGGCGGCGGUGCAGGCGUUCAGGCGGAGAGUAGAGGUGCUGAACGGGGAGUGCCUGUUCAACUGGUCCACGGUGACAGCCGGCAAGGAGGAGAGGCGCGCCGUGAUGUGGAAGCCCGACCUGCCCGACGUGCAGGAGGCGAGUGAUGCCGGGUCGUUUGCGGCGCCCAUCACACGGCACAAGCGGACACUGUCCGCUCAGAUCACCAGCUGGCUGAGCUAG